AUGUCAACUAACUUUGAGAAACAGCUAGAAAAGCAAGUUGAUCACUGUUCUCUGGAACAACUAAGAGAUAUUUUGGUUGACAAGUCUGGAAAUACCAAGUUAUCUAAUAGGUUUAGGGCUUUGUUUAAUCUUAAAAAUGUCGUGGAGGAAUUCGAGGAGAAUCCAGAGGAAGCCAAAAAGGCUGUGAUGUAUAUUUGCGAAUCUUUCGACGAUUCUAGCGAACUCUUGAAGCAUGAAGUUGCAUAUGUGCUAGGUCAGACGAGGAAUCUCGACGCGGCACCCAAGUUGAGGGAGGUGAUGUUAGACCACUCCCAGCAGUGUAUGGUUAGACACGAGGCUUCGGAGGCAUUAGGUGCGUUGUGUGACUAUGAAUCGCUGCCUGCAUUGGAGCAGUCUUUGAAAGAAGAUCCUGAUGAAGAGGUUAGACAAACGUCGGAAUUAGCGAUUGAAAGAAUCAAAUGGAGCAAGUCUGGUGCACCAAGCAAAGAGACGUUGCAACAGUCCUUGUACUGUUCUGUGGAUCCUGCACCCCCUCUAUCCCUCGAAAAAGACUAUAAUAUUGAGGAGUUGAAGUCAUUAUUAAACAAUCGAGAUGAACCGUUGUUCAUGAGAUACAGGGCUAUGUUCCGUCUGAGAGACAUUGGUACGGACGAGGCCUGUUUCGCAUUGGCUUCAGGAUUUAACGACCCUUCUGCUCUGUUCAAGCACGAAAUUGCUUAUGUAUUUGGCCAGAUUGGUAACCCUUGCGUCGUCCCAAACUUGAUAGAGGUGCUCGAACGGAAUGAUGAGGCCCCAAUGGUGAGACAUGAAGCAGCAGAGGCUCUUGGGUCCAUUGCGAUCGAUGACGUCUUGCCGGUUUUAAAGGAACACUUGAACGACAAAGACGACGUCGUUCGCGAAUCUGCGAUUGUCGCGUUGGACAUGUACGAAUACGAAAAUAGCAACGAACUGGAAUAUGCGCCUGCUUAG